UGCCUAUAACAAACUCCGCAGUCCUGCUACAUUCUUCAGCUGUGUAACAGUCCUCUCUCCUCGUCUUCUCUCUUGACCAGCAGACAGUCAGCCAUCAUGUUCUACAGCCAGAGCAGCGGUCCCCAAACCAUCAUCAGGCAGAGCCGCAGCUACACAUCCAGCUCUGCUCCCCACAAGGCUCACAGCGUGUCAGGAUACAGCUUCAGAGGGAACCCGCGCAUCGCCUCCACCAGCGUGCGCACCGUCUCCUCCGGGUAUGGAGGCGGCAUGGGUGGGUUCGACCUGUCCAACGCACUGGACCAGAGCUCCGUGCACAUGAACGAGAAGGCCACCAUGCAGAACCUGAACGAUCGCCUGGCCAGCUACCUGGACAAGGUCCGCUCUCUGGAGACGGCCAACUCCAAGCUGGAGGUGCAGAUCAGAGAGUACUACGAGCAGAAGGGGCCGGCAGCCGAGAGGGACUACAGCAAGUACUGGGCCAUCAUCAAUGACCUGAAGGACAAGAUUGCUGCCGCCAACAUUGGCAACGCCAGCAUCCUGCUCCAGAUUGACAACUCUAAACUGGCUGCUGAUGACUUUAGAACCAAGUUUGAGCACGAGCUGAUGAUGCGCCAGUCAGUUGAGGCUGACAUCGCAAACCUGCGGCGUCUGCUGGACCAGACCACCCUGACAAAGGCUGACCUGGAGAUGCAGAUCGAGAGCCUGCAGGAUGAGCUGGCCUACCUCAAGAAGAACCACGCUGAGGAGCUGGCAGCGAUGCGCUCUCAGCUCACCGGCACGGUCAACGUGGAGGUGGACGCCGCGCCGCAGGCAGACCUCAACAAAGUCCUGGACGAGAUCCGCGCCCAGUACGAGGCCAUCACUGACAAACACCGUCGGGACCAGGAGUGCUGGUUUAAUGAGAAGUCUACAACGCUGUCCAAGGAGGUGGCCUACAGCACAGAGACAUUCCAGACGUCCAAGACAGAGAUCGGUGACCUGCGGCGCACACUGCAGGGCCUGGAGAUUGAACUGCAGCUUCAGCUCAGCAUGAAAGGGGCUUUAGAAAACUCACUGGGAGAGACGGAGGCUCGUUACAGCUCCAUGCUCUCUGCCUUCCAAAGCACAAUCAACAUGCUUGAACAAGAACUCGGCAACGUGCGCUCAAGCAUCGAGCAGCAGGGCCAAGAAUACAGGAUGUUGCUGGACAUCAAGACCAGACUGGAGCAGGAGAUCGCAACCUACAGGAGCCUGCUGGAAACCGAGGAGUCCAGACCUAAAGGAGGCUCAAAGACCACAGUCACAACCACCGUGCGGAGUUCCAGCUAGGACGUCCAAUUGGCAGGACAAGCUGUGCUCAGACCUACAAACACACAUUCACACACACACACACAACCACACCCACACACUAAUAAAACUGUACUGAGGAAAACUGAGGUAUUUUGGGAAGUGAAGCCUGUUUUAAAAUCCACAACAUUUGCAAUUCAGAAGCAUCAAUGUGCACGUGCGGUUGUGUAUUUGUGUGUGUUUCACCUGUCUGACAAUAAAUCGGCGAGUUGAUACAAAA